AUGGCGGCUCCCAGGGCGCGGGGGGCUGCGCUCGGAGGCGGGGAAGCCGGUGGCGGCGGGGCCGGCGGAGCCGGGGCUGUCAGUAACGAGGAUGGCCGGGACUGCAUCCUGGAGCCGCUGUCCCUGCCCGAGGGCGCGGGGCACAGCGACACCCCCGAAGGCUCGCCCUCCGUGCCCUGCAUCUUCUGUGAAGAGCACUUCCCCGAGGCGCAGCAGGACCCGCUCCUGAAGCACAUGAUCAUCGAGCACAAGCUCGUCAUAGCCGACGUCAGGCUGGUCGCUGACUUCCGGAGGUACGUCCUGUACUGGAGGAGGCGGUUCAGGGAGCAGCCCAUCACCGACUUCUGCAGCGUGAUCCGCAUCAACUCCACCGCCCCGCUGGAGGAGCAGGAAAGCUACUUCCUGCUGUGUGACGUGCUGCCUGAGGACCGGGCGCUGCGGGAGGAGCUGCAGGCACAGAGGCUGAAAGGAAUCCUGGAGCAGCAGCAGCGGGAGCGGGAUGACAACAGCUUCCAUGGCGUCUGUAUGUUUUGCAAUGAGGAAUUCCUCGGAAACAGAUCGGUGCUUUUGAACCACAUGGCCAGAGAGCACGCCUUCAACAUCGGGCUGCCGGACAACAUCGUGCACUGCGGCGAAUUCCUGAGCACGCUGCAGAGGAAGCUGGACAACCUGCAGUGCCUGUACUGCGAGCGGACCUUCCGGGACAAGAGCCUGCUCAAGGGCCACAUGCGCAAGAAGCAGCACCGCAAGAUCAGCCCGCGGAACCACGAGUACGACCGGUUCUACGUCAUCAACUACCUGGAACUUGGGAAAUCGUGGGAAGAGGUUCAGUCGGAAGACGACCGGGAGCUGCUGGAGCACCAGGAAGAGGACUGGUCUGACUGGGAGGAGCGCCCCGUCUCCGCCGUGUGUCUGUUCUGUGAGAAGCAAGCGGAGACGACGGAGCAGCUGUGCGCCCACAUGGAGGAGGCGCACGGCUUUGACCUCCUCAAGACAAAGGCCGAGCUCGGACUGAAUUUCUAUGAGCAAGUGAAGCUGGUCAACUUCAUCCGCCGGCAGGUUCACCAGGGCCGGUGCUACGGCUGCUGUGCCAGGUUCCCGUCCAGGGCCGACCUGGGGGCCCACCUGGCGGAGGCCAACCACGCGGGCCUGCUCCCCGACAGGAGGACCUGGGACCAGCCCGAGUACUACUUCCCCACCUACGAGAACGACAGCCUGCUGUGCACGCUGUCCGACAGCGAGGGCGACCUGUCGGCUCCGGGCCAGAGCAGGGGCGUCACCGUCAUCGGCGAGGACACGUCCCAGCUGCAGGCGCUGAGGCACAGCAGCGUCCUGAACCGGCUGCUGCUGCGGGGCUGGGAGGGCUGA